GGGGCGCGCUCUACUUCCACAUCGGGGAGACGGAGAAGAAGUGCUUCAUCGAGGAGAUCCCGGACAAGACCAUGGUCAUAGGGAACUACCGGACGCAGCUGUACGACAAGCAGCGGGAGGAGUACCAGCCGGCCACGCCCGGGCUGGGCAUGUUCGUGGAGGUGAAGGACCCGGAGGACAAGCUCAUCCUUGCCCGGCAGUACGGCUCCGAGGGCAGGUUCACUUUUACCUCCCACACCCCCGGCGAGCACCAGAUCUGUCUGCACUCCAAUUCCACCAAGUUCUCCCUUUUUGCUGGAGGCAUGCUGAGAGUUCACCUGGACAUCCAGGUGGGAGAACAUGCCAACGACUACGCGGAAAUUGCUGCAAAAGACAAGUUGAGUGAGCUGCAGCUCCGGGUGCGGCAGCUGGUGGAGCAAGUGGAGCAGAUCCAGAAGGAGCAGAACUACCAGCGGUGGCGCGAGGAGCGAUUCCGGCAGACCAGCGAGAGCACCAACCAACGGGUGCUGUGGUGGUCCAUUCUCCAGACCCUCAUCCUCGUGGCCAUCGGCGUCUGGCAGAUGCGGCACCUCAAGAGCUUCUUUGAAGCCAAGAAGCUGGUGUAGCCGUCCUGGACCUCGCAGGCCAUCCUUCUCCCAAGCUGGGGGAGAAGGGACCUCUUGGAACUGAUUUCUCUGCCAGGACUGGUUCCCAGCCGUAGAGAUUCUGGAGGGAGGAGGGCUACAGGCACAGACUGGGCAGCAGCUUGCCUGGUCCAUACUGGGCAGGUGGUGGGACAAAUGCCUGCCUCCUCUUCCGGCCUCCGGGCUCUCUGCAGCAAUCACCCGGGGUUGGCAGAGCCGAGGGAGCCCUUUGGCACCUCAGAAUUACUGUGUUACUGAUCUGGGCUGCCAGGCUACUGGGGCAGGGUGGGGGGGAACGGGGGGGCUAAACCAGUCUUCCUUUGCUAAUUUGGGAUUGGGACAGGUUAGGGUGGUGGCUCGAUUCCCUGCUACGCUGGGGACCUUACUGUUCUCCGCUUUGGCCCAGGCCCUGCCUGCUGACCAGGAUAUGUGUGUCAGUUUAGGUGGGAGAGGGUUUGUGGUGUGCGGAAAUGGCCCUGAGGUCGACUCCAGGUCCUUCCCAUGGCCGUCCACACUGGGGUUGAGUAAGUGUGGAGUCAGGCCAAGCAGAGGCCUUGGUACUAAGUGCACAUGGCGCCUACGAAGAAUGAGUUACUGGUUUCAUUCUCAAGGAAUCUAGGUUUGUUACAUUGGUUUCCCAAUAAAAAACAAGGGCUUCUUA